AUUUACAGUCAAUCCAGCUGUGUUUACGCGCCGAUAUAUAUCAAUCAUUUUGCUGAUACAAAAAAGACAUUCAUUACUGCAUUGUCUUUCAUAGUUUGAUUCUCAUCUUUCUUCAAGUAAGUAAAUAGUCUACUUAACUUGCUAAUUAAUUAAUCAAUUAACCAAUUAAUUAAUUAAUUAGUUAAAAAUUAUUAUUACCCUUAUUCAGAUAGAAAGAACGCUUAACUAUGCGUUCGAGAAUUUUUCUGGCGUUUGCUCUCCUGCAACUCUUUGUUGCUGUUGAAUUAAAGACUUACUCUUUCAGUAAAUAUACUCCAAACAAAUAUGAUUUAUUAGAUAUUCGUAUAUUGUAAAUAUUAAUCUCAUACAGAAAAACUUUCAAAAUGUCCUAGCAACUCUUUUUAUGAUUCGAGUGCAAAGAGAUGCUAUAAAUUUUAUAAAUCUUCAAAAUCCUACGACGAUGCGGUAAAAGAGUGUAAGAAAUACAAUGGAUUCUUAGCCAAUGUCCACAGUUCAUCCACAAUCAAAUAUUUGAACUCUCAAUAUAAAUCGUUAAGUUUUAAAUAUGAUUAAUUAUUUAUUGUUCAUCCUAUCUAAACGGAUAAUCUUUCUCCAUUUAAAUAGUAAAGGUAUGUACUACUAUUGGGUAGGUUAUAGAGAUUUAUCAUUGAAAGGUGAUUGGAGAUGGACAGCAGGAGAUUUGGAAUACAAGACAUCUGAUUCAAAUCUAUGGAAGACUAAGCCAGGAAAUUAUAACCUAGGUCAAUGUGCCGUUGCUGAGGGAAAUUUCAACCAUAAACUUUCCCCUCAAAGCUGUUCAAGUAAAAAAUACUUCCUGUGCGAAUAUAGACUAAAUUCUUACGAUUAUGGAUUCGAUUUUCAAAAAUCUUUUGAUGUAAUAACAAACAAGGCUUUGUACGUUGUCACUCAAACACAGAAGACUAGUUUGUCUGAUUGUGCUAUGAAAUGCCUUAUUUCUUCUACUUGUAAAUCCUUUAACUAUCAACCUUCAACUAGAACAUGCAAACUGCUGACAAAAUCAGCCUAUACUGAUCCAAGUUUGAUGAAGACCUAUAGUGGAGUGUCUCAUUAUAUUAACAAACUUAGGAAGUAUGACCAUUGUCCAAAAGGAGCAAUUCCCGAUGCCAGAAAUGAUAGAUGCUAUCUUAUGUAUACAAGUACAAAAAAAUAUAGCGAUGCUAUUAAGGAGUGUGACCACAAGAAAGGAACAUUGGCAAUUUUGGAUGAUGCUGCUUAUGAAACUUUCAGAAACUAUCCAGGAUACUUUACAUCAGUAUAUUGGAUUAACGCUAAUGAUGAACAAUCUGAAGGAAAAUGGUCCUUUACAUGGGAUAAAAAACAAAUCAAUUAUGACGCUAAAAAUUUAAAAUGGAAAAGCGGUGAACCAAACGGGAAUACAAGAGAAAAUUGCGCCUGGUACCAUGGUGGAUCUAAGGUCCUUCAAGAUUCCUCGUGCUCUGAGAAAAAAAGAUAUAUCUGCCAAUUCUGGUCUGGAAGUACAAAACCUCAAGGUCAACCAACAAGUCCAUCUUCGAAUUAUGAUUUAUCUCCUGGCUACUUGAGCGAUAAAGAUGACUACUCUUACUAUGUUUCAUCGCAAGAAGCCUGUAUGGAUAAAUGUGAUAAAUGGUCCUCAUGCAAAUCAUUUGAUUACAGAAAGUCAAACAGGAGAUGUUCACUCUCAAGGAAUAGUAAGAAAACUCUACCUCAUAAAAUGUCAUCAAGCUCAAGCUAUGUGCACGGCGUGAAUAAGGCAAGAAUGGAUAAAGACAAUCCGGAUUAUCACAUUUUUAACAACAGAUAUCUUAAAGACAAUAAUUUUAAGGAUUACUCAAAUCUCUACACCUAUUUCGAUUGUCUUGCGAAAUGUGAAGAAAACAGAGAUUGUAAAAGCUUCGAUUACGAUCACAACAGACUUAAAUGUUAUUUGUCAAAAAUUUCGAAAAGGUCACCAGGAGUACAAUUCAACUCUCACAACGAUAUGAUUUAUGGCGAAAAUAAAAAGAGAUUAGGCGAUGUAACAACUCCACCAACGAACGAACCAGAACCAACAAGAUGCGAUAAAUAUUGGAUACCAUAUGAAGGCCAUUGCUAUUAUUUUGGAAAUCAGAAAAAGACUCAAACCAGAGCUAGUAGUACUUGCCAAGCAUACGAUGCCAACUUGGCUGAUAUUUACAGUGAAGCUGAAAUGAAUUUCGUUGUGAAACACUUGAAAACAAGCGAAGACUAUUGGAUUGGUUUACAAAAAAAGAGUGGUAAAUAUUUCUGGAUGAAUGGUAAAGAAGCUCAAUAUAAAGCUUGGAAAUCUUCUGAACCAGACGGCAGCGGUCCUUGCGUUAGAAUUGGCGACAAAAAAUGGAAAGAUAUGUAUUGUUCAAAAUCUUACAGAUUCGUUUGUAAGAAACAAUCCUCAAGGAAUUGUGAUGCUGCUGUAGCUAGUAGAGUUCUUUGUGGUUAUAGUGGAAUUUCUCAGGCACAUUGUAUUAAUUUGGGAUGUUGUUAUUCUGCAACUGGAUCAAUUAAGUGCUUUAAAUCUGUCCAAGGCCAAUCGGAUGAGUAUAAACACUGUCCAACUGGAUCAAUUAAAAUUCCUGGUACAAAACGCUGUGUUAAAUAUUUUAGCACCUCCUUAGAUUGGUACAGUGCAAAAUCGGCAUGCUGGAAAAAUGGACGAGGAUACUUGGUUGUUCCAAGUACAUCAAAUAUGUUUAAUCAACUUACUAAGUUGUUGAAACUUUCCAGUGGAACUUAUUGGAUGGGUCUACACGAUAGAUAUAAGGAAGGUAGAUUUGAAUGGAUACUUGGAUGUCAAAAGAGAACUGUUUCAGGAAGAACAUACUGGAAUACUAAUCAACCAAGUAGAAGUAACACGUUGGACUGCGGUUACGCAACAAGUUCUAAUCAUAAAUGGAAUAUCGGCCGAUGUUCUGACAAGAGAGGUUUUGUUUGCGAAUACAGAGGACGUAACGAUUAUCGAAUUGAUAUCGAUUGCCCAACUGGAUGGAAGACAUACGGUGGUAAAUGUUACAGAGUUUCCACUGAUACUAAAUCUCAAAGCGAUGCUAAUGAACUUUGUAAAGCUGCUGGUGGAACAUUGGCAAGUAUUAGCAAUAGUGAUGAAUCAAAUUUUGUCCAAAAAAUAUUACAAGAAGCAACAGUUAGUUCAAAAGCAUGGAUUGGUCUUAAGAAAACUGGUUCCUCGUCUGGAAACACAGGAGGAUGGCAUGGUUGGGGAUGGGGCUGGGGCUGGGGAACUUCUUCUCAGUCAUCAGGAAAUCAAUGGAGAUGGUUUGACGGAACUAAAUACGGAUCUUACAAAAACUGGCUUAGGUCGUCUGAGGAGGCAGAGACCGUUUUAUCAAAAGCUUGCGCUGCUUUCCUAUCUGUCGGGAACGAUGCUGGAGAGUGGGAGAGUAUAGAUUGUGGUACACGUGUUCGCUAUGUUUGCGAAGCUAGAGUUGACUAUAUCCGUAGCACUGAUUGUAAAACUGGUAAGCUUAAAUGUGGUAGUGGAGCAAGAUGUAUUGACGAUAGAGGUGGUUCCAGAUGUGUUUGUCAAGGAGGACGAACACCAAAGAUCAUUGGAGGCGUUCUUUCAUGCGGAAUUGCCGGAGAAUGUAGAGCUUCGGGAGAUCCCCAUUAUAGAACUUUUGACAAAGCUAUGAUCCAUUUCCAAGGAACAUGUAAAUAUACACUUGCCAAACCUUGCACUGACAAAGUAGGAACUUUGCCAAAAUUCGAUGUCGAAGUUAAAAACGAGCACAGAAGCAGUAAAAAAGUUGCUCAUACUAAAAUUGUUGAUGUAAAAGUGUAUGGCUACACUAUUCGCCUAAUGAAAAAUCGUGUUGUUCUCGUCAAUGGAAUUAGAGUUAAUCCCACUGUUGAAUACUUAGACGGCAAAUUGAAGGUUGUACUCCAAUGCGGUUAUCGUUUGGUUGUAUCAACCGAUUUCGGUCUUCAAGUUAGCUUUGAGAGAAACCAUAUGGCUGUUGUUAAACUACCAGCUCAAUAUCAGAACAAAAUGUGCGGUCUUUGUGGAAACUGGAAUGGAAACGCAAGAGAUGAUUAUUAUCCUAAGGGAUUGUCAGUUAAGAAACCAUAUUUUGAAAUUGGUAACAGUUGGGAAGUACCAGACGAUACAACCAAUUCAGCCAAUGAACAAUGCUUGAAACCUGAGGAUGAUGAUGACGUUUCCUGUACAACUGCCGAAAUGGCUGAAUACGAAGGAAAUAACUUUUGUGGUCGCCUAAAAAAUAUGGAAGCUUUUAAAGCAUGCCAUGCCAGUACGCCUAUUACUGAUCAUUUCGAAAGUUGUAAGAUGGAUGUUUGCGCUGCACAGGGAAAAAUAACUGAUUUGUGUCAAUCUCUUCAAAGUUAUGCUGACUCUUGCAAAGCUAAUGGUAUCGAAGUCAGUUGGAGAACAGCAACAUUCUGCCCUCUACCUUGUGGACCAAACAUGCAUUAUGAAGCUAACGCACCAGCCUGUCCAUCAACAUGUCAAGAUCCUGAAGCUCCUAAAACUUGUACAGUUGCACCUAGCGAUGGUUGUGUUUGUAAUCCUGGUUUCGUUCAAUCAGGAACAGACUGUGUGCCAGAAACGGAAUGUGGUUGCAUGACCGCAGAUGGUAUGUAUAAACAGCUUGGAGAAACUUGGGGUGACAGUCAAUGUGGCACAAAGUACACCUGUUCUCAAGGAGGUGAGAUCAAAGAAGAUCAAGUUGUUUGUCAUACUUUGGCAGAAUGUGGUAUUGAAGAUGGGGAAAGAAAAUGUAAAUGCAAAUCUGGUUAUGCAGGAGAUGGUCAGACUUAUUGCGAGGAUAUCAAUGAAUGUAAAACUGUAUCGAGCGAUGAUGAUCAAAUAGCUGCGGUUUGUCCUCCAGAGGCUGAAUGUAAAAAUAAGGUUGGGGGAUAUGAUUGCAUAUGUCGUAAAGGAUUCGUCAACAAGGACAAUAAAUGCGAAGACGUAGAUGAAUGCAAGCAAACUCCAAGUGUCUGCCCACAUAAAUGUGUCAAUAUUAUAGGCUCUUAUAAAUGUGAAUGUAAUGAUGGAUUCAGAAUGGAAAACGGAGCUAAAGUUUGCAAAGACGUCAACGAAUGUCAAUUAAAAACUGAUGACUGCCCUCCAAAUUCUUACUGUAUCAAUAGAAUUGGUGGUUUUACAUGUAGAUGUAGAAGAGGUUAUCAAAAAAGAUUAAUUAAUGGUAAAUUAUCAUGUUCAAGAUCUGCAUGGUGUAAGGGUUCGGGAGAUCCCCAUUACAAGACUUUUGAUGGAGCUAAAAUCGAUUUUAUGGGUAUUUGCCGCUAUACAUUGGUUAAACCUUGCCCCAAAUCCGAAAAAGUUAGCGUUCCAAUGUUUAACGUUGAAGUAAAGAAUGAGCAUAGAGGAAGAAAGACAACCGUUUCAUACACAAAAUACGUUGUCGUUCAAGUUUACGGUUAUGAAAUUAAAUUGGAUCAAAAACGAAAGGUUAUCAUUUCUACUUUAAAGAAGAUAGAUACCGGCUUUGUUGCUGAAAAUCCAAAGGCCUAUAAUUUACCAAUAAAAGCAUUGGCAGGAGCACCUGGUCUUUUAAUAAAGUUCAGUGGUCGAUUUGUUAAACUUACAACAACCUUCGGUCUUCAAGUGAGUUUCGAUGGUAGAUCGUCAGUUUAUGUUAAAAUACCAGAUAUUUAUAAAAAUAUUGGUAUGUGCGGUUUAUGUGGUAAUUACAAUGGAAACAGAAAUGAUGAUUACUCUGAUUCCAAUGGAAAUAUCGUAGUACCAGACAUUGUUACUUUUGAUAGAAGAGGACGUAAAAUUACAAGGAGAAGAUAUUCAAAGAUUGGAAAUAGUUGGGAAGUACCAGAUCAGUAUGGAGAAGCUGCUUGUAAAAAACCAGAUGAUCCUCAGCCAAACUGUGAUGAAGAUGAAAUGGCAGAAAUUUCAGGAAACAACAAAUGUGGUAUUAUUAAGAAUGUUCAAGGACCUUUCAAAGAUUGUAUCAAUAUAUUGAAUAGUCAAGAUCCAUCCCUAGUUAAUGAUCUUUACGAAGAGUGCACGUACGAUUUAUGCUUGGCUAAAACCGAUGAUAUGCUCUGCAAAGCAUUAGAAACAUUAGCGGUUCUCUGCGAACAACAAGCAGGAAAAAAUGUUCUAUGGAGAAGAGCCAAUUUCUGCCCAUUACCAUGCGGACCAAAUAGCUCAUAUUCACCAACCUCAUCAAGCUGUCCUCUUACUUGCGCAAACCCAGACGAUAAUCCUGAUAAUUGCGAUGCUGAACCUGUGGAAGGAUGUCAAUGUAAUACAGGCUAUGUUCUCAGCGGUGAUAAAUGUGUUAAAGAGGAUCAAUGCGGUUGUACGGCUCCUGAUGAUAGAUACUUUUCCGUCGGUGAUGGAUAUAUUACAAAUGAUUGUAAAUACAAAUAUGUAUGUCAAGCCAAUGGAAAAUUUAGCAAGACUUCACUACCAGCUUGCCCAUCAUUGGCUAUUUGCAAAAUCAAAGAUGGAGUUAGAGGAUGCCACUGUCCAAAAGGCUAUGAAAUGAUCGCUGGAAAAUGCACAAAUAUUGAUGAAUGCGCUAACGAUGAUUUGAAUAAAUGUCAUGAAAAGGCAACAUGCAGAGAUAAAGUUGGUACUUAUGAAUGUACUUGUAAUGCUGGUUACACUGGAGAUGGUAUCAUUUGUACCGAAGUCAUACCUUGCGACCCUGGAUAUAAAAGAAAAGUCUUACCAAAUGGUCCUUGCGAAGAUAUUAAUGAAUGUCUAAGCAAACCUUGCGGUGCAAAUAUGAAAUGCAUUAAUAAACCUGGCCGAUAUUUCUGCGUGUGCUAUCCUGGUUUCACUUUAAUAAACGACAAGGGAGUUAAGAAAUGCGAAAAGGCUGCGUGGUGUCAAGCUUCUGGUGAUCCUCACUAUAAAACAUUUGAUGGAGCUCGUUUGGACUUUAUGGGUACUUGUAAAUAUACUUUGGCCGAACCUUGUCCAAAAGAGGAGCAAGAAAACUUGCCAAACUUUAAAGUUUUUGCCAGAAACUGGAAAUAUCCUGGUAGAAGGAAUAGAGAUGUGUCUUGGACAAAAUAUGUUGAUAUUGAAGUUUUUGGUUACAAGAUAAGACUAGAUCAAGGAUUGAAAAUAAUCGUUAAUGGCAGGAGAAUAAUUAGAUCAUUUAGAGAUAGGGCAAAGGGUUUGAAAAUAUACAAAAAGAGGAGAGGAAGGAGAAGUUAUGCAGUAGUAAAAACAACUUUUGGCCUCGUUGUCACUUUUGAUGGUAGAACAAAUACACAAAUCCAUAUUCCACCAAACUAUAAGAAUAAAAUGUGCGGCAUCUGCGGUGAUUUCAAUGGUGAUAAGACAAACGAUUAUAGAGAUAAAGCAGGAAAUCCAGUACCAGGAAAGCCACAUGGUAGAAGAGGUAAAAAGAGAUAUCCUCAAUUGGGUAAUAGCUACGAGGUACCUUGUGACGAUUGUCCAAAACAUUGUAAACCACCAACUGAACCUGGACCCGAAUGUACUGAUGCAGAAUAUGCGGAAGCCAAACGUUUAUGUUCAAUAAUUAAAGAUAGCACUGGUGUAUUUUCACAAUGUAUUGCCAAGCCUAACAUAGAUGCGAUAACCUUCUACGAUGAAUGCGUCUACGAUUUAUGCAUUGUCAAUGAUGAGCAAACUGUGUCAUUGUGUUCAGCUGUUGAAAAGUUUGUCGAAGCUUGUAAUAAUGUCAUUGAUAAUUACAAUCCAGAUUGGAGAGAGGAAGCAAAUUGCCCUACUGACUGUCCCGCAAAUAUGGAAUAUAAAAAGAAUGCUCCAGGUUGUCCACCAACAUGCGAACAUCCAAAUGGUGAUCCAAAUUGCGAUGAACCAGAUGUUGACUCUUGCGUUUGUAAGACUGGAUUUGUUAUGAUUGACAACGAAUGCGUAUUGCCAAGUAACUGCAAUACAGAUUGUACUGGUGCUGAUGGUACAAUUUAUAAGUUGGGAGAGAAGUGGCUACAAGAAGAUUGUAAAAAAAGAUGCGAAUGCAAACCCGGACAGAAAGCUGAAUGUUCAAAUUUCCCAGGCUGUACAGGAGACAAUGAAAUAUGCUCAAAUUCAGAAGGCAUCCAAAAAUGCAGUUGCAAGAGUGGAUAUGAAAUGCAAGAUGAUGGAUCAUGUACCGAUAUUAAUGAAUGUGAUGAUGGAAGUGAUAAAUGCAGCAACAAUGCUGAUUGCUUUAAUGAAAGUCCAGGUUACAGUUGUGUUUGUAAACCUGGUUUUCAAGGUGAUGGUUUUGAAUGUAAAGAACCUCCGCCGUGUCCCAAUGGAUAUAGAAGAAAUUCAGAUUUAAAAUGCGAAGAUAUCAAUGAAUGCAAUGAAAACUUACACACAUGCCACAAUGAAGCUGAGUGUACAAAUAAACCUGGAACUUAUGAAUGCAAAUGCAAAGAUGGGUUCAAAGGUGAUGGAAAAGAUAAGUGUGAUGACAUUAAUGAAUGUGACACUGUUGACUGUGGUCCAAAUGCAUCCUGUGUUAAUGAUAUUGGAACUUAUGACUGUAUUUGUCACAGUGGUUUCCAAAUGAAUGAUAAGAAGGAAUGUAUUGAUAUUGAUGAAUGCAGUGGUACUCACGAUUGCGAUGAAAAUGCUAAUUGUAUUAACGCACAAGGAUCUUAUACAUGCGAAUGUAAAGCCGGAUAUGAAGGUGAUGGAACUCAGUGUACUCUUAUUCCACCAACAACCACUCUUCCACCGACAACUACACAGGCACCUAUACAAUGCCCUGACGAUUGCCAAUUCAAGGAAAACAUAUGUAUGUGCAUUAGAAAAGAUUGUGCAGAGCAUGGUAUGAAACCCCUCUCAAUAGUCGAUGAGGCCACAAAUAUAUUGGCUGAAAGCUUCCUUCAGGAGAGGAAUAUUCAAAAUGUUUUCAUUGGUCUUACACUUGAUGGAAUCGGAAAGUCUGUUUUCACCUGGGCCGACGGUUCUAAAUGGUCUUUAGAAAACAGGGAAAAUCUCUUUGAUGACUUUGGUGUAAAUCAACCUAUCUUCAAUAAUCCAAUUCUAACUUGUGUUAUCAUGAGCAAUGCCGUUCUUUAUGUAGAUUGGAGGAGCUUCCCGUGUUCUCUUCCAUUUGAAUAUUUAUGCGAAUACGAAGGUUCAGAACCAACUACUACUCCAGAACCUAUAACAUGCCAACCGGGAUUCGAAAACAUUGAUGGAGUUUGUCAAAAUAUUAAUGAAUGCACAAAUGGAGAUAACGAUUGCGCUCCUGAACCUGCAGGAAAAUGCCUGGAUACACCAGGUGGAUAUCACUGCUUAUGUAUUAAUCCUUACAAAGGGGAUGGUAAAGUAUGUACUCUACCAGCGACUACCACAGCAACAACAACUGUAACAACAACUACUCCUGGAGCCGAUUGUGAAGAUACAGAAAUAGGAGUUAAUGGACAAUGUAUUAGCGUCGAAAAUGAUUGUUAUAGUAAAGGAAAGAAACCAAUAAUGAUUAAGAGUAAAGCUAUAGAGGAAGCACUUCAAAGAUUAAUGGAUGCUACUAAUCAACGUCUUGGCUAUAUUGGUAUAAAUAAGAUCAACGGAGAAUGGAUAUGGAGGGAUAAUAGUCCACUUGAUUAUUCAAGUUUCGAUACCAGUGGAACUAAUGCACCCCCCCAGAUGAGCUGUGCUAUUGCAAAUGGCGAGAUUGGUGUCAUGAAAUGGCAAGCAUUCUUGUGCUCUCUAUCUCAUUUUCCCUUCUUCUGUACUAGAGAUCCUACAGAGACAGUAGCGCCCACAACUCCUAAGACAUGUUCGCCUGGUUAUCAGUUGGUUGAUGGAGAUUGCAUCGACAUUGAUGAGUGCUUAAGCAAUCCCUGUCAAGGUCCACCGAUAUCUAUAUGCUCCAAUAAACCAGGAACUUUUGAGUGUGCGUGCCUUCCACCGUACGAGAAAAUUGGUGACGAAUGUGUAGCUCCUACAACAACUAUGACAACAACAACAGAAGCUCCAACAACAACAACUAGUUCAGUUCAAUGUGAAGAAAGCGAAAUGGGAGUUAAUGAUAAAUGUAUUAGUAUUGAAGAUGACUGCUAUACUAAAGCUAAGAAACCUGUUAUAAUUGAGAAUCGUCAAACACAAUUGGCUGUUAGCUCUUUCCUUCGUUUGAACAACAUACAAAGUGGAUAUAUUGGACUAGAGAAAGAUGCCAAUAAAUGGAAAUGGUGGAAUAACGAAUAUUUAGGAUCAUAUAAUGCAUGGAAACCAGGAACUUUCCAUCUUCCAUUCUUCGCAUGCGUAAUUGAGGCUGUUAAUGAAGAUGGGCAAACUUAUAAUUGGAAACCAUUUUUCUGUAAUACUCCUAAUGUUAAAUACAUUUGUGAAAGGGAUCCACUGGCAACAACACCUAUUUCGACAACACCUAAAGAGUGUGGAUCAGGAUAUGAGUUGGUUGCUGGAGAGUGUGUUGAUAUUAAUGAAUGUAUAACAAAUAACCAAUGUCAGAGUCCACCAAUAGCAAUAUGCAAAAAUAUACCAGGUUCAUAUGAAUGUAUCUGCAUUCCACCGUACGUACCGGGAGACGGACAGUGCGUAAUAAAAUCUACAACAUCAACAUCUACUGAAGCAUCAACACAAACAUCACCAACAACAACAGGUCUCUGCACUGAUGAUGAAAUAGAAUCUAGAGAUCAUUGUCUAAGUAUAGCAGAUGACUGUGAAUCUGAAUCUAAGAAGCCGGUGAUAAUCAAGAGUCAAGCUGCUGAAGAUGCCGUACAAAGAUUAUUGAGGAAGAACAACAUUGACUAUGCGUUUAUUGGAUUACAGAGAAGACCUAUCUCUUGGAAAUGGCAUGAUGGUUCAUCGUUAAAUGAAUACGAAAAUUGGUACAAUCCCUUGAUAGCAACAAUCCCUCUCAAAUGUGCUGUUGAAAGAGAAUUUAAUGGCAAAUACUAUUGGGCAGUUUUAUCUUGUAAUAGUCCAAAUGUUAAGUAUAUUUGCGAAAGGGAUCCUUUUGCACCAACCGAACCUUUAACAUGCUCGGAAGGCAGUGAGAUGGUAAAUGGCAAGUGCGUUGAUAUCAACGAGUGUGAGAGAGCGUUACAUAAAUGUAACGAUAACGCUAUCUGCCUAAACUCAGAACCAGGAUAUUCUUGCAUGUGCAAAGAUGGAUAUAUUGGCAACGGAUACUUUUGCAUCCCCAAACAACCAACAACAACAUUAACUACAACAGAACAGCCACAUGAAGAGAAAUGGGACAAAAUAUAUUUCAGUGAGAAUAUUCUAUGUUAA